UUACAAGAUCCUUGUGAAAAUGAAAUCCUUGAAACUCUAUACAAUAUUGCAAGCAAGAAUAAGAUAUGGAGGUCUUACAUAGGCAUGGGUUAUUACAAUUGCUCAGUGCCGCAGCCCAUUGCACGGAAUUUGCUGGAGAAUGCAGGAUGGGUUACCCAGUAUACUCCUUACCAACCUGAGGUCUCCCAGGGCAGGCUGGAGAGCCUGCUAAAUUACCAGACUAUGGUGUGUGAUGUCACAGGAAUGGAUGUGGCCAAUGCAUCUUUGCUGGAUGAGGGGACAGCUGCUGCAGAAGCCAUGCAAUUAUGUCACAGGCACAACAAAAGAAGGAAGUUCUAUGUAGAUGCCCGAUGCCACCCUCAAACUAUAGCAGUGGUCCAAACAAGAGCAAAUUAUACGGGUGUUAUUACUGAGCUCAAACUACCCCAUGAGAUGGAUUUCAGUGGAAAGGAUGUCAGUGGAGUAUUAUUUCAGUAUCCAGACACUGAAGGGAAGGUGGAAGAUUUCUCUGAACUUGUUGAAAGAGCUCAUCAGAAUGGGACUCUUGCCUGCUGCGCUACUGACCUUCUGGCUCUCUGUAUUCUGAAGCCUCCUGGAGAGUUUGGGGUAGAUGUUGCGCUGGGUAGCUCCCAGAGGUUUGGUGUGCCGCUGUGCUACGGGGGACCCCAUGCAGCAUUCUUUGCUGUCAAGGAAAAUCUAGUGAGAAUGAUGCCAGGCAGAAUGGUGGGUGUUACAAGAGAUGCAAAUGGAAAGGAAGUGUACCGUCUUGCUUUGCAAACACGAGAGCAGCAUAUCAGGAGGGAUAAAGCUACCAGCAACAUCUGCACAGCACAGGCUCUUCUGGCUAACAUGGCAGCCAUGUUUGGUGUAUACCACGGGUCUGAUGGAUUAAGGCAUAUUGCAAGGCGGGUACACAAUGCUACUCUGAUCUUGGCUGAAGGUCUCAGGCGAGCUGGUCAUAAACUACAUCAUGAUCUGUUCUUUGAUACCUUGACAAUCACGUGUGGAUGCUCAGUCAAAGAAGUUUUGGACAGGGCAGCUCUUCGAAAGAUAAAUUUUCGGAUUUAUAGUGAUGGCAGGGUAAGCAACUCCCUAAACCUUUCAGCG